AUGGGCUCGGCAACUGCAAACGAGAAAUCCCAUCGCGAGCUGCCCUCCCCACAGGCACUUGUGGAAGCCGGCCACUUGAAGAUCAAGGAUAAAGAUGGGAACGAGAUCCCGUUCAAAGACCUCUACACUGGCAAAGCAGAGAACGAAAGACAACUGAUCAUAUUCAUUCGUCAUUUCUUCUGCGGAUCCUGUGAGCAGUAUGUCGUGGCUCUAAGCAAGGACCUGCCUCCCGCCACUCUUGAGGCAUCAAACACUUCAAUUACGCUUAUAGGUUGUGGAGAACCAAAGUGUAUUCCAGGCUAUAUCGAACGCACAUCAUGCCCUUACCCAAUCUACACUGAUCCCAGCGCAUCCAUUUACAAAGCCUUGGGAAUGACGUAUAUCACUCUCAAAACCGGUCCAAACUCCAAGCCGACUUAUCUGCAGAAGCCUUUCUUCAAGAAUGUGCUAGACAGUACGUGGAACAGCAUCACCUCAGGCCAUCCCUUGUCGGCAGGACCAAGUGCGCAGAACGGCGGAGAGUGGCUGUUCCAAGCAGGAGAGGUCAAAUGGUGCAGUAGAAUGCGUGGCACUGCCGAUCAUACCGAGACCAAGGAAUUGCGGGCUGUGCUGGGAAUCAAGGAGUAG